AUGGUGUUGUACUUCCAGGAUUUUGCUGCCGGGCCCAAUGCCACUCUCAUCCCAGUCGCGGGCAUUGCUGGGAAGCUCUGGACGUUCAGCCAGUUCGAGACGGUGUUCCUCACUGAUGACUUCAUAACUGAGAUGCCUGACCCAGACUCACCCAUGGUUGGACGGGGACAAGGCAUGUACGUGACCUCGGCGCUGGAUAGGUCAAGCACCCACACCAUGUUCUCGAUUGUGUUCACCAACGAAGCCUACAACGGGAGCACCACGGAGAUCCGGGGGCAUAGGAAAGCGUUUGAGGCGGUCGGGAAUACUCGAAUCGCCUUCUCUCAGUUGCUCAACAGCGCUGCCCUUGUCUCUCGUGUGCUCGUGGCCCUCUUAACCCAGCCUAGAGCAUCGUGA